CCUUCUCUGUCCCUCUGUCCUUCCGUCUUCCCAUUGCACUAUGGGGGCUAUCUGUGGUCUCCGACUGCUGCUUCUCCUGGGCUGUCUCCCCCUGGUUCUGGGGGACACCAUGUUCUCCAUGAUCACCCCCAAUGUUCUGCGGCUGGAGAACGAAGAGAUGGUGGUGCUAGAGGCCCAUGACUUCCAAGGGGACAUCGCUGUCACCGUGAAAGUCUCUGACUUCCAGGACACAGAGAAGGAGCUGGACAGUGAGAAGACGGUGUUGAGCAACGCCAAUGGCCACUUGAGCACGGUCAACAUCAAGAUCCCAGCCAGCAAGGAGUUCAAGACCGAGAAGGGGCACAAGUUCGUCAUCGUCCAGGCCACCUUUGGCGGCACGCUGGUGGAGAAGGUGGUUCUGGUCAGCCUGCAGAGUGGCUACCUCUUCAUCCAGACCGACAAGACCAUCUACACCCCGGGCUCCAAGGUCGUCUGCCGGGUCUUCAGUGUGGACCACAAACUGCUCCCCUUGGGCCGGACCGUCAUCCUCACCAUGGAGAGCUCUGAUGGUGUCUUAGUCAAGAGGCACCGCUAUUCCAGCCCUGACAGAGACAUCUUAUUCACGUCGUUUAGCAUCCCAGAGCACGCCAAAACGGGGCAGUGGAAGGUAUGCGCCCACUAUGAGGACGCCCCCCUACACGUCUUCUCCGCUGAGUUUGAGGUGAAGGAAUAUGUGCUGCCCAGUUUUGAGGUCCAGGUGGAGCCUAAGGAGAAAUUCUACUCUAUGGACAAUCCAAAGGACUUGGAGGUCACCAUUAUGGCCAGGUUCCUUUAUGGCAAGAACGUGGAAGGCACCGCCUUUGUCCUCUUUGGGGUCCAGGACGGGGAGCAGAGGAUCUCACUGUCUCAGUCCCUCACCCGAGUGCAGAUUGAGGAUGGCUCCGGGCAGGCCGUGCUGAAGCGGGAGGUGCUGCUGGGUGGGGUGCGCCCCUCCACCGCUGAGGCCCUGGUGGGCAAGUCUCUGUAUGUGUCAGUCACUGUCAUCCUGCACUCAGGCAGCGACAUGGUGGAGGCAGAACGCUCAGGGAUCCCCAUCGUCACCUCCCCCUACCAGAUCCACUUUACCAAGACGCCCACGUUCUUCAAGCCGGCCAUGCCCUUUGACCUCAUGGUGUUGGUGACCCACCCCGAUGGCUCCCCGGCCAGCCGUGUCCCUGUGACCAUUCAGGGCUCCAGCGUGCAGGCCCUGACCCAGCCGGACGGAGCGGCCAAGCUCAGCAUCAACACCCCCAAUAGCAAGGCCCCCCUCAGCAUCACCGUGAAAACCAACAAACCCGGCAUCCCUGAGGCCCGGCAGGCCACAGAAACCAUGCAGGCCCGGCCCUACAGCACCCAGGGCAACUCCAACAACUACCUACACCUCUCGGUGCCCCGCAUGGGGCUGCAGCCCGGGGAGACGGCGAAUGUCUAUUUCCACCUGCGCACGGACGCCGGGCUGGAGGCCAGGAUCCACUAUUACACCUACAUGGUCCUGAGCAAAGGGAAGCUGCUGAAGGUGGGCCGGCAGGUGCGCGAGGCCGGGCAGGACCUGGUGGUGCUCCCCCUGACCGUCACCGAGGACUUCAUCCCUUCCUUCCGCCUCGUGGCUUAUUACACCCUCAUCAAUGCCAGGGGGCAGAGGGAGGUGGUGGCCGACUCCGUCUGGGUGGACGUCAAGGAUUCCUGUGCUGACAGGCUGGUGGUGAAAAGCAGCAGAGAAAGCAAUAAAGACAAGCAGCAUUUUCCAGGAGGUAUGAUAACCCUGAAGAUCGAGGGCGACCCCAGGGCCCGCGUGGGGCUGGUGGCUGUGGACAAAGCCGUGUCUGUGCUGAAUAAGAACAGGAUGACUCAGAAGAAGAUCUGGGACAUCGUGGAGGAAGCAGACACUGGCUGCACCCCGGGCAGUGGCAAGGACUAUGCAGGGGUCUUCAUGGACGCAGGGCUGGCCUUCAGGACCAGCAAGGGCCAGGAGACCGAGCAGAGGGCAGACACACAAUGCCCCAAAGUUGCUUCUCGACACCAGCGCUCUGUGAAGGUCAUGGAGAAAAGAUCAGACAAAGCUGAGCAGUACUCAGAGGAGGAGCUUCAGCGCUGCUGCGAGCAGGGCAUGAGAGACAGCCCCAAGGUGGCAGCCUGCAGUCAGCUCGCCAAGUUCCUGGCGCAGGGCUCUGGGCCUGUGGCCGCCUUUCUUGAGUUCUGCAGCUACCUGGCCCAGCUUCAGAAGGAGCAAGAAGACCAUAGUGAGUGGGGUGACCUAGAUGAGGUCUCUAUUGGAAAAGAAGAUAUAAUCUCCAGAAGCCAGUGGCAAGAGAGCUGGCUGUGGAGUGUCUUUGACCUCAGACCUGGGCAAGAUGGAACCUGGACAACAACCUUGAGUGUGUUUUUGAAAGAUUCCAUCACCACCUGGGAGAUUCUGGCUGUGAGCUUGUCGGACAGGACAGGGAUCUGCGUGUCCAAGCCCUAUGAGGUCACAGUCACUACAGACUUCUUCAUCGACCUGCAGCUGCCUUACUAUGUGUUCCUCAAUGAGCAGUCAGAAAUCCGGGCUGUUCUGUCCAAUUACCGGCCAGUGAAGAUCAAAGUGCAGGUGGAGCUGUUGUAUAACCCGGGCUUCUGCAGCAUGGCGACCGCCAAGCAACACCUUGUGCAGACGGUGGAGAUCCAGCCCAUGUCCUCUGUGUCUGUGCCUUUUGUCAUCGUGCCCCUCAAGGUGGAUGAGGUGGGGGAUGAGGUGGAGGUGGAGGUCAAGGCUGCUUUGUACAACCACUAUGUCAGCGAUGGUGUGAAGAAGAAUUUGAGAGUCGUGGCAGAAAAAGUGACAGUCAACAGGACGAUGUUACCUCACAUGCUGAUUCCAAAAGUCCUGGAUCUACACAAGUACCGACGGGAGAAGCCUGAUCACAAGCUCUACGACUUGGAGGCCAUGUUCUCUGCCCUCUUCGACCUACCAGAGUUCAAGAACUUCCAUUCUACAGUUCCUGACAUGCCCUGGCUCAAUGAGCAGAGACACUAUGAAGGCAACUCUAACCCCAUCCAGGUGGCUCAAGUCAAAGAUGAGAUGUCCUGCAAGAAGUUUCACCUCAAGGUCGGCAUACGGACAGUUUCAUACUCAGUCAAGAGGCCCCAGGAUGCCAAGAGAACCCUGUACCUCCACAUCUGUGCCAGGUGAGAGGUGGGUCAUUGC